AGUAAGUGUGCUUGGUCCAAGAUGAAUUCUGGUGACUCAAUCGACUAGAUUGCCCUCUGGCCUUCUUUACCUCCCCCCCCCCUCCAGCCCCUCCUCCCUCGUACUUCAUUCCUCCCCUUGUCUCCAAUUGAACCCGCGAACCCUGCGAACUCGUCAAACAGGUUCAGAAGAUCCAACAUGGAGGCAAUCAAGCAGACAUUCCAACGGUGCAAGGCCGAGAAGCGGAGCGCCUUGGUCACCUAUGUGACUGCAGGCUAUCCCAAGCCAGAGGACACCGCCGAGAUCUGCCUGUCCAUGGAGAGGGGAGGUGCAGAUAUCAUCGAACUCGGGGUGCCCUUCACAGACCCCAUAGCGGACGGCCCGACCAUCCAGACCUCCAACACCGUCGCCCUCGAGAAUGGCGUCACCCUGUCGAGCACCCUUCAGAUGGUUCGUGAUGCCCGGAAAAGGGGGUUGAAGGCGCCUGUGCUGCUCAUGGGCUACUACAACCCCAUGCGCGCCUACGGCGAGGAGGCGCUGUUGGACGACUGCAAGGCCGCCGGCAUCAAUGGCUUCAUCAUCUGCGACCUGCCCCCCGAGGAGGCCGUCUCCUUCCGCAAGCUAUGUUCCAAGGCCGGCCUCUCCUAUAUUCCCCUAAUCGCCCCCGCCACCUCAGACAAGCGCAUGCGCCUGCUCUGCCAGCUCGCCGACUCCUUCAUCUACGUCGUCUCGCGCAUGGGCGUCACGGGCGCCCUCGGUACAAUGAACGCCAACCUGCCCGAGCUGCUCGAGCGUGUCAACAAGUACUCCGGUGAUAAGCCCGCCGCCGUCGGUUUCGGUGUUUCCACCCGCGACCACUUUACCAGCGUCGCACAGAUCGCCAACGGCGUAGUCGUGGGCAGCAUGAUUGUCACCACCCUGCAGAAGGCACCCGAGGAUCAGCGCUAUAAAGCUGUCGAGGAGUACUGCUCAUACCUUUGUGGCCGGACCCCCGAAGAUGGCCUGACGAGGGAAGUCGGUGUUGUCGAGGCAAUCUCUCAGGCCAAGGAGCCCAGCGCCCAGCCCACUGUGAGCGCCGUCAUCUCAGACAACCAUGUCAAUGGCGACGACGCCAGCCUGGUGUCCCAGCUCGCCGCACUGCAUGGCAAGAUCCCGGAGCGCUUCGGUGAGUUUGGCGGACAGUACGUACCCGAGUCGCUGAUGGACUGUCUGUCCGAGCUCGAGGAUGGCUUCAACAAGAUCAAGGACGACCCGUCCUUCUGGGACGAAUUCCGCUCAUACUACCCGUACAUGGGCCGGCCGGGCCAGCUCCAUCUUGCCGAGCGGCUGACCAAGCACGCUGGCGGUGCCAACAUCUGGCUCAAGAGGGAGGACCUCAACCAUACCGGAAGUCACAAGAUCAACAACGCCGUUGGUCAGAUCCUGCUCGCGCGCAGGCUAGGCAAGACUAAGAUCAUCGCUGAGACCGGAGCGGGCCAGCACGGGGUCGCAACUGCCACCGUCUGCGCCAAGUUUGGCAUGGAGUGCACAGUGUACAUGGGUGCAGAGGACGUCAGAAGGCAAGCCCUGAACGUUUUCCGCAUGAAACUUCUCGGCGCCAAGGUGGUCGCCGUCGAGGCGGGCAGCAAGACGCUCCGGGACGCCGUCAACGAAGCGAUGCGGGCCUGGGUGGUUCAGCUGGAAGAUACCCACUACAUUAUUGGCUCUGCGAUCGGCCCACACCCCUUCCCGACGAUAGUGAGGACCUUUCAGUCCGUCAUCGGCAACGAGACCAAGCAGCAGAUGCUGGAGAAGCGAGGCAAGCUGCCGGACGCCGUCGUGGCGUGCGUCGGCGGUGGAAGCAACGCCACUGGCAUGUUCUACCCCUUCUCCAACGACCCGUCCGUCAAGCUCCUCGGGGUCGAGGCCGGUGGCGACGGGAUUGACACCCCGCGCCACUCGGCGACGCUGGCGGCGGGCUCCAAGGGCGUGCUGCACGGCGUCAAAACAUAUGUGCUCCAAAACGAGCACGGGCAGAUCCAGAACACGCACUCGGUUUCCGCCGGCCUCGACUACCCCGCCGUCGGGCCGGAGCUGGCCUCGUGGAAGGACAGCGAGCGCGCCAAGUUUGUUGCCGCCACAGACCAACAGGCAUUCCUCGCCUUCAAGCUCAUCAGCGAGCUUGAGGGCAUCAUACCUGCGCUGGAGUCGGCGCACGGUAUCUACGGCGCCAUCGAGCUGGCCAAGACCAUGAAGCCUGGCGAGGAUGUGGUCAUUUGUCUGAGUGGCCGCGGCGACAAGGACGUACAGAGCGUGGCCGAUGAGCUCCCUAUCAUAGGGCCUAAGAUCGGCUGGGACCUGCGGUUCUAGAGGCGCAGCAUGUGCGACGACCCGGCUCGGUGUUGCCGGGUUCGAAAUGGCGCUUGAAGAGGCAAUAGUGAUUGGGCGAGUACUGUGGUCUGGGCUGGUGUACCCCUUCUGUAGAUAUACAAUGAAUGCCAUCGGCCACGAUGGUGCCAGGGCGUCAAUAGAAAAUACACACGGCAUGUACCCAACGGGAUACGGAACCGGGCAUAUGCGCUCGCAGAAACUUUGUACAUUUUACAUUUGUGUAUGUGUGGGUCGCAGUGUCAUGGCGCUUGCUCCUUCAUGAAGCCUUCAUCCUUGCCGAUGACAAAGUCCUCGUCCCCAUCUAUCAUCUGCUGAGUUUCGGCCAUGAGCUGCUGCGUCUGCUGGGCAGGGGCACCAGCGGGUAUCAAGCCCAUAAGGAUCGCCUCUUGCAGGGCCUCAGCUUCCAAGACACCGUCUGACUUUGGCGGGAGCCCCAGGGCCAUCCUCUCCGCGGCGAACCUCAGCUUGACGGUCUCGCUCUGCAUGAUUCUCCACCUCAGCUUCCACCCCCACGGCCCCAGGUCCUUGAUGCGCUGGCUCUUGUCGCCGAGCAGGUAGUUGUCGAGGCCUCCAGCCUUGUCGAUGGUGCGCAGCACGCGCGUGGUGACCCUGGUCUGGACGAAGCAGCUCAGCGAGUCGCUCCACAGCCGCCGGCGCUGGACGUUGGGGCGCCACUUGCGAGGGGUCUUGACAUCGUGCUUCUCGGAGACAUUGUUGCCGAACUGGAUGCGCGAGGAGCCGUAGAGGCCGCCAUUGGACUGCUUGUAAACCCGGCGGGGUCCAUAUGGGUAGGGCGGGAUCUCGGGGGACCUGGAGCUGGGCUUAGGGAUGGGCACGGAGAGGCCGUGGCUGUCGCGAGGCACGCCUUGGUAAGGGUAGCCCGUGGCGAGGAGGGCGGAGGACGUGCCAAAGGCCCUCGCGGCGCGAUGGCAUGUGGAUUGUGCAGGGCAAAAGUGUGAGGCUGCCGGUCGGGCCAGGACGGUCCGCAGGGGCAGUAAGGUCGAGGACAUGGCUGAAGUGAUGUGGCUUAUCGUCAUGUCGGUGCCAUGGGUGUGCAACGCGGUCCUCGGCUCCUCGGCUCCACCACACAAGUGUUGGCGGUCGUGGGUUUGCGGUCGCAGUCGCGGGACUGGAGCUUGGGUCGUCACUCGCAGAUGCGUCUUCACUGCAGUUGCUGUCUCCUGGGCCGUUGUCUGCUGAGGGCCCCGGCCAAGCAGGGUCGGUCGG